UUUACAGGAAAACCCAGUUACUGUGAAAAUGGGAUUGUGAGCUAUAAGGAUGCAACCUGUGUUUUUGUGUGCAUCUGAUUUCAUCUUAAAAAAUAACUCAUCUUGUCAUUGAUUUCUGGAUUUAAAGAAACAUCAAUACUGGACGAAAAACUGAAAGCAGAAAAAGUUGUGAAUUCACAGCACGCGCAUUGAAACAAGCACAGCAGUGUUCUGGGGAAACAUCCAAAAUCCUGGUUUCAAUUUGCUGCUGGUUUUCGCUUUUAUUCCAGUUUUGCAACACCUGCCUUGGAGAGAAAAGAAGACGCGCAAGGCUGCCUCGAUACUAGUCGGUGAACUGAGAAGAUACAGAGGGAGAAUUGACUGAAAUAGAGAGCACGAUGAAACGCAGCUCACUGGUGAUUCAGUGUCGUCCCUGAGCUCUCAGCGGCAGUUCCAGCCAAAGACGUCUGAUGCAAGGGGGGAGCAAGCUGCCUGCGAGUGGGGGAAGCGUGCGUCACUAGAUCUGGAGCUUUGGGCGGAGGAUGAUGCUGUUUUCCAGCAGCCGAGUGGCGCAUUAAACAGGCGGCGUGUUUUGGUGAAAACACGGAGAUUCUGAAAUAUUUGUGUCUCAGAAAUUGGAAAAGCGAGGCGUUGUGGUGUUUGCUAUUCAGCUCGACCGUUGUUAAAUGAAUUGGAGGAGGGGAGGGCGAUGGGGUGAAUCUUGUGGUGGAGGCAGUGACUGUUGUGUGUUUCUUGUUGCUUUCACAAACAAUUCCGUUCGUCGAAGAUUUGGAUGGGUGAGGGAUGGAGGCGGUGAACCGAGCCCCGGAGAUUCAGCAGCAAGUGGAGAAGAAGCUGCACCGAGCGCCUUCCCCGGCCAGACCCAAAGCGAUCCGGGGCUGGUCGGUGGCUAAAUCCAAAUGUAGCCCGGGCUCCAAGCCGGGGCUGGGGAUCUCCCCGUGCCGCCUCUCCCGGCACAGCCCGACUCUCAAGGACAUCAAACUGGGCAAAAUGCCGGCGACUAAAGCUGCGGCCGUGACGGUGAAGAAGCCGGAGAAAGGAGGAGGCGCCGGGGCCAAAGGCAGCGUCCCCGGUAAGAGGAAGAAGGGCCAGCGGGCGGCCAGCGGAACCGCUCCGGCCCCGGGGAAACGCUUAGCCCCCGCCACCGACUCCAGCUCCAGCUCCAGCUCCAGCUCCGAGCUCUCCGACUGCCCGUCCGAGCAACUCUCCGGCAUCCUGUCUCCCGGGGCUAGCGAGCCCCGGGACGGCUGCCCUACUCCCCCCGACCAGGGGACGUGGGCCGGCCAGGGCCAGCGGGAGGAAGACGGCGGCUCCUCGGCCAGCGGCCAGUCGGACAGAGCGUCCGGACCCAAAUCGCCGUCAAUGGAGAGCCGGCUUCAUAUCAGCAACUCGCUGGCCUUUUCCGAUUUCAGCGAAGAAUUCGUUGACAGCAUCCAGGAGGAAUUCCUGAAAGAAAUAGAGGAGCUUCGGUCUGAGAACGAUUAUCUGAAGGAUGAAAUUGAGGAGCUUCGAGCUGAAAUGCUAGAAAUGAGGGAUAUCUAUUUGGAAGAAGAUGUUUACCAGCUGCAGGAACUUCGUCAAGAACUAGACAGAGCAAAUAAGACUUGCCGCAUCCUUCAGUAUCGCCUGCGAAAGGCUGAACGACGAAGCCUGCGGGUAGCUCAGACUGGUCAAGUUGAUGGAGAGCUAAUUCGAAGUUUGGAGCAAGAUGUGAAGGUUUCAAAAGAUGUGUCUGUAAGGCUUCACAAUGAACUUGAAGCUGUAGAGAAGAAGAGAAUAAAGUUAGAAGAUGAAAACGAAGAUCUUCGACAGAAGCUCAUUGAAAUGGACGUUUCCAAACAGGUGUUACAAAAUGAAGUGGACAAAAUGAAAGAGAGCUCCCUGAAGAAAAGAGGUAGCCGCGUUGCUACUAAACCGGAAAAGAAGCCCAUUCUGCAGGAGGAUAGUGCUGAUCUGAAAUGCCAGCUCCAUUUUGCCAAAGAAGAAGCUGCUGUGAUGUGCAAAAAGCUGACCAAGUUAGUAAAAGAGAAUGAAAACAUGCGCGAGGAACUGGUGAAAUACAGCUCACUUUACGGUGAUUUGGACAAUGCAGUGUCUGUUGGUGACAUUGGAGAAUCUCCUCAUGUUAGAGAAGCUGAGCUAAAAUUGCAUCUAAAGCUGGUUGAGGAAGAAGCCAACAUUUUGAGCAGGAGAACAGUUGAGCUGGAGGUUGAAAACCGUGGAUUGAAAGCUGAAAUGGAUGACUUAAAAGGUCACGGUGAGAAGGACUCCUCAAACCAGGAUAUCAGACUGGGAAUUUCUAGCACGAGCUAUGGUGAGUUUGGGGAGAAUGUUGGGGAGCUCAGGCGUCACCUUCAGUUUGUGGAAGAGGAGGCAGAGCUUCUGAGGCGAUCCUUAAUUGAGAUGGAGGACCAAAAUAAGCAUCUCAUGAAUGAACUGAAUAGGUACAAAUCUGAAUCCAAUCAGGAAUCAUCAUGGUCAGAUAGUUGUCCCUCAUUAACCGAACCUUCCCAGGAAGAGCUAAUGACAGCAAGACUCCAAAUCAAUGACCUCAAUGGGAAAGUCAAGAAGCUGGAAUAUGAGAAUCGUGUGCUUGUUUCAAACCUUCAGCGUUAUGACUUGGCUUCGUACCACUGUCAGAAAUGUUCCCUAGAGCUUGAUGCUGACUUUAGUGACUCCGCAGAGAUCGCCUCAUCCCAGCCGAGGAGAGAAGUCCCAGUUGGAGGAGAGAAUGAUUCAAGGGAAACCCAAGAGAGAACCUCUGGCAGUGGGAGCAGCAGGAUUGCUGAUCAUGAUGAUGUCACUGCAAAGUUAUUGGGAAGAAAAGACCUGGAGAUUCUGUUCAGCAUUAAAGACCAAGCCGAACUUGUUCGUGAAGUCAUUGAUCUCUUAAUUUCAGACACAAGUGGCUUAAAUUCUGAUGUCAAGCCUUGUUCAACUAUUGAUUUGCAGAAUCAGUCCGUCAGUGAAAGUAAUGAUGAAGCUGCUGAUGCCAAUGAUCCUAAACUAAUGAGCAGCAUUAAUUCAAGGCUUCUUGGCUUAAAGGCCGAGUUAGCAUCUGUUACUGAGAAAAUUGAUUGUCUUGGUGAAGCAAUCAGGGAAGAAAGCAGAAGUUUGUCCCCUUUACCCCAUCUAACAGAGUCCGCAAGCUUUCUAUCCACUAUGACAACAAUGUCUCAGGACUUGCCCAUGGAUUCUGUAGGAAAAGAAUUUACAGCAGAUUUAAAGCAGCCUGACUUUAGGGAUCAAGUGGACUGGGAGCAAGAUGUUAGCCAUACCCUGGAGAUCUGUGUAACCAAUUCUGACACCAAGGAGUACCGAGAAAAUGCCAAGGAUUAUACUGCGAAGGAUUAUAACAUCUUCAGCCGUGAGGAAAGUGACUCCUAUGCUACAGAGGUCAAGGAACUACAACUUGAUUUAUCUGAAGCCAAGGAGACUAUCCGAGGACUGCAAGAACAACUUGUUCAGGAAAGAGAGCUUCGAAAUGAAGAGGCAAUGAGAUUUCAACAGAAAAUGUCACAGCUUAAAGAGGAGCAACAAAAGGCUCUUGUACGAAGAGAUUUUGAGCUGCAAAGCCUGAAUUUGCAAACCAGACUUGAGCAGAAAUUCUGGAGUCAAGAAAAAAAUCUGUUUGUGAAGGAAGUAGAUCAAUUCAAGCAAAACCUCUUCCUUCUCUACAUGAAACUGAAAUGGUUCCUGAAGCACUGGAAAUGUGGCAAGAAGAUGGACAAUGAUGGUGAUGAUUUACUAGAGGUGCAGUGUUCAACAUUUUUAAGAGAGCUGAUAAUCUCAUCAACUGUUGUCUAUGUUAACAGUGUGAAAGAUCUAUAUUUGCUCAUUGAAGAAGAGGAGCUGACCCCUUGCCAAGUGGACAAUAAGACUGUGAAAACAGAUGACCAAUCUCGGAAAUCCUUUGAGGAGGCUCUGACUGUUCCGAUGGAGAAAUCUCUUCCCACAUUGUGUCCAAAGCAGUCAAAUGAAUAUAGUCGCGUUGUGGGAGAUAUUAAAAUGAUUUUAAAGGACCUUUGCACAGAACUAAAAGAGGAAAGAAGGCGAACAAAUGAUCUUCAACACCAGUUUGCAAAUGCCAAGUCAGCUUGGGAGAUAGAAAAAGUGGAGCUCAAAAGUCGUAUUGCUCAACUGGAAGGUAGGGCUUGCAAAAUGACAUCCGAGAAAACUCCUGGUGAUAUGAAGACUGCUUUGAAAUGGGAGAGAGAGGAACAUCAGCAACUCCUCGCAGAGUCAUACAGUGCAGUUAUGGAUCUAACACAGCAACUUCAAAUCAGUGAAAAGAACUGGAGUCAAGAGAAAUUAGAGUUGCUGGACAGAUUUAACAAUGAGCGGAGCCACAGUGAACAGCGUCUGAAGGAAAUGCAGCAGAAGAUCAAUCAGAUGCUACAGCACAGAAACAAUGAAAAGGAAACUUCAGACGAAUUAGAGGCUAAAGGAACUAAUUUGCAACGGGCCAAAUCAGUUUCUUCCAUGUCUGAGUUUGAGAGCUUGUUGGACUCAUCUCCGUAUUUACCUCCACCCUCUACAUCCCUGCCAAAGGGUUUAAACAAUCUUGAGGAGCUGAACAAGAAAAACUGGAAACACAAGAAUGCUAAUGGUGAAUUAUUACAUGAAAAAUCAGAAAAUGCAGUAAUUAACCAGUCAGAUGUGGAGAUGCCUGCAAUUUCAUCUUGGGAUUUCACUAUGACAGGAAAUCUAGUUAACCGACACCUCAACACAAAACAAAUACAAAGGAGUUACACAGCACCAGAUAGAACUGGCAUUCGCAUUUAUUACAGUCCACCAGUAGUGCGCAGGAUGGAUGGCUCUUUGGUUCAGAACAAUGAGGGAAAAAUUAUGAUUGAACCAGGUUUUCUGUUUACCAUGGCAAAACCCAAACAAACUGGAGACAUGGAGCUCCAUCCAGAGAAGUUGCACAAUAAGUGGUUUAAUAACUUUUCCAAGCAUCGGGAUCUGUUGGAAAGUGGUACUGGAGAACAUCCUGCUUCUGCUACUGCUGCUGCUACUGGGUUUUCCUCUGCGCUGCAUGAUCUGCAGAUAUCGGGUAAUAUGAGCGAUGACAUGAAGGAGGCAGCCAACUGUGCCAGAAAUGUUAUUUGUACAAGCUCAAUGGAAAGGAAAGUUAAUGCAGCGAGCCAGACUGUUGCAGUUAUCAGUGUGGGCACUCAAACCACCCGAAGUAUUAGUGUUGGGCUGCAGACUGAGAGUCCAAGAUCAAUCUCUAGUAGCUUACACCGGUCAUGGGCAUCCAGAGGGUCCUUACUGAUGCCAACCCAGAGUUCCCGGAGCAAACAACUCUCUUCAUCAUUGGAAAAGGUGCCGUCUAAGUUUGAACGUCCUUGUUGUUCACCCAAGUAUGGUUCACCAAAGUUGCAGAGAAGAAGCUCAUCAAAAAUUGAUCACACAAGAGAACGAAGUCCAUGGGCUAUGUCUCAUAGAGGACAAAAUGAGUCAGCCUGGGCUAGGUCAACUACUACAAGGGAUAGCCCAGUGCUCAGCUCAAUCAAUGAUGGACUGUCCAGUUUGUUCAAUGUUGUUGAGCACACAUCUGGAAGUGUCGACUCCAUCUGGAAAUCAAGCCAACAUGAGACGAAAACAAAAGGUGAUACAUCAAGAUAUGGGAUUGUUCAGGAGUUUUUCAGAAAUGUGUGUGGCAGAUCCCAGAGUCCAACAAACGGAGCUGACAAGCCAAUAAAAGAUCCAGUCACUGAAGAAAGUGUCCGAAAAACAGAUGUGACAGCUCCUCCGGGCCAUUCGCAGGUAGACAGUGUUUCCCGAAUUAUAAAUAAAAGACUUCCCAAGCAACCAAACAAGGAGGACCAAAAACCAACAUCCUAUCCAGCACAGGGAGCGAAAGAUCCAGACACACGGGAUACAUGUGGAGCAUCUGGUCUACUUGAGGAAACAUCGUGUGAUUGUGCAUCUCAAUCACUCACCUCCUGCUUUCCAUCCAGAUCGUCGGUUCGCCAUUCGUUAUCACAGUGUAAAUCACGAUCUUUGCCUUCAGAGCCUAGCAUGGCUGACGAAAAAUCAGGCUGAAUUGUGAACUCUGCCAUGUACUGGGGCAAGAAAACAGCUUUAUGUGGCUAAAAUAAUCUCUGCAACUUCUGCUUUCUCUGAGAGCAUAAGUGAAAUUUUCAGAGACAUUAAAAUAAAGUUCAGGUUUUAUUGUCAUGAUCACUGUAGAUUGAAAAGUGAAAAACUGUAGAGGCAAAGCAGACUGUUGAAUGAUCUUUAUCAAGAAAAUCUGAUAAAUUAUAAUGUGUAGGUGCUGGAUCAUUUCUGUAACAGCUGUACAUAGAUAUUCAUACAGCAGGAGUGUUAGGCUAGAUUAUCAUAGAUAACAGUCUCUACUUUAGUUAACAUCCAUCUCUAUGCUGUUCUCUUCUGGCUUUCAUUUGUGAUCUGUGUAUGUAUCUGAGUCAAAUGAGAUGGAUAAGACUUCAUCGCUAUCGUCAUACUCCACAGACACCUUUAAGCUGGAAUAAAUAUUUGUAGCACAUGUUUCAAAUUGCACAUUAGGAAACUCAAAGAUAUCCCACACACAAAUCACAUAAAAUUUAGUUAUGUCUUGCCAUUAAGCUAGAAAUAUCCUGUGGCAUUGCUGUAAAUAUAUCAGUAUGGAAGAUGAAAUUGGACUUGAAUGGAGAAGCUAUAUGGGUGGUAUUACAUCAUUCACCUGCUGCUGUGCUUGUUAUUCCAUCGUAUUGAAGUCAAUAGGUCGAAAUGUUUGGUGAUGAAUAUAUCUGGUGGCUAAUUUGAUACCAGUCAUUUGUACCACUGCUCACGGCAGAUUUCUAACUCGCGCUGGAAAGAGACUUGUAGGCAAUGGUCCUGUAAAUUUGUUUCCACUAUAUACAGCCUGGUCAGUGAAUACUUGGCACUAUUCAUUUUCUUUGAGCAGCAUUGCACUCUCAUAUGGUGUCUUUAAGGAAAUACUUAGAAGUAGUCUGUGUAGUGCUUUGAGUUGUUCUGCAACUGUGCAUAGCUUAUCUGGAGCACUGCUUACAAGUUAAUUAAAUAAUGUGAUCAUAUCUGAGUUGGUUGCUUUGCAAGUUUGAAGUACUUCUCAGUUGCAGGCUGCAGGCCGUAGAUUAGCUUUCUGUCUCAUUUUGGAAUUGUUUUUCGUCUGUAACUAAAGUAUUUUUUUCUAGAUAAUAAAAUUGAAUUGGGAGUAAAAUAAAUUCCCACAUUACUUCGACCUAAGAGCUUAGGGCACAAAUAGGACCAAUUGUGCAUUAUUCUGCCUGAUGAUAAACUCAACAGCAAACAAUAUCUUUCAAAGGAAUACUGUUAAACUGGAAAAAGGAAAAAUUAAUGUUCCAGCUAUAAUAAGAAUGAAACAGUCAGCUGUGUGCUACAAAACAGGACCACCUCUUGAAACUAAAUUCAUUUAAGGAAACCAAAUGAACUUCAUUUUUAUUAUUUAGAAUGUUUGAACUAUUUUGUGUUAUUGCUUUGUGACAUACUGUACAUUGUGGGUUCCAUGUAUCAAAUGAACUGUUUUGUAGGUUGUGCAAUAAUCAGUCAUUGAUGGCAUUAAAGUUCUUGAAGGGGAAGGAUAACCAGUGAUGUCUACAGCCUUGAAAUCUGACAGCACAACAUCACUUCACAGGCAUUUAAAACCCCAGAGUCCACAGUUUCGCAGGCAAGAAGCAAGUAGUCAGAACCAGAACCUGCUGCUGACAUAUUGGUGAUGGCAAAAAAAAGGCACCAAGGAUCCCUGCCUGAAGCAAGUGUUUCAUAUUUACAUGUUCUUGUAAUAGGUCUCAUACCAGAUUGAGGUCCCCUCUGCAGUGUUACAAAGUACUGGCUGUGUUUGGGAUAGAUUCAGGAAAUCUGGGUCCAUGUUCAGCUUGACAGUUGGACCUUACUUAUCAGCCGCAAGUCACGUCCAAAAAGCUAAUUGCUUCAGAUGACUUGAAUGGAUAUGUGGAGCUGGGGGGGGAGGAGUAGGUGUACUUUCCCUGUAGCCUACAUUAAAACCAUGCAGGCCACUGCUCCAGAUUCUCUUUGCUGAUGACCUGUCUGAGAAUGUCUGUCAGGUGUUCACAGCUGAUCAUUUUAAUGACUUUGAGGUGUGAGGUUCAUUUCAGGAGCCUCCUCUGGGAGUGGAGAUUCUUCAGAUUUUAUCCAGGACUUCCAGGUCACAUACCUACCCUUUUGUUUUUGUUUCUCUCUUGUAUUACCCUUAAUUUUCUUUUAAAAGAUCUAAUUGAGUGAAAUGGUUGCAUAAUUAGACUGUUUAGGGCACCAAAUUUCAGCAUUGUUACAUUAGGAGAAAGAUUGUACCUGCAAAAUGCUGAAAAAACAAAAUGAAAGCGUAAAGACAUUUAGUGUCAGCUGACCUCCCACAAAAUGCAGUGCAAGGAUUUCCUCAGCUUCCCAAAUGGGCUUGCUGUAGGCCUUGUCCCACUAUAGUCAUUGAAAUGAGGCAGGAGCAAGGAAAUGUUUUGCUGAUUGUGUUUAUGCUAGGCACCACAGAUUUUCAAAUGCAACCAAUCCAUUUCUCAUUUGCAAAGCCAACUUUUGCAUUUGAUUAUCUGUGUGGAGAGUCCCAUUAGACUCCAAGGGCUCAACUGAUGCAGUGGCUGGUUUAACAAAUGGGCCGUGAAGCAUUCACAGACAUUCAUUCUUAAAACUGCCUGAAGGCAUUUUCAUCUUUCGUUUUUGUGAGGCCAAGUUCUCCUUUCAUCAUAAAAACCCUUCAGAGUGCUGCCAAAUCAGCUGCAACACACCCUGCCCACUGCCUUCCCACCACUUACACCUCCAUUACUUCAUUCCUCUUACUCCUGACCACUAGUUUUUUACUAGAUGUUAAUAACACCUCCUAGUCCCACCUCUGACAGCAGCACCAAACUGGAGCCACUGGAUUCACAGCCCAUUCUACAUGACACUCCAUAUUUACUUCCACUAAGUUGAGAAGCACUGAAUACUGCAUUAGGCAUUGUAUUUUUACCAAUCUAAAACUGCCUGUUUUGCACCGUCACCCAAGAUUAAUUUGUAGUCCUAAAUCUUUGCAGUAGUGAUGGAUUGGGUGUCCAGUUGAAUUUAGCAGCCUGGGGAAGUGAAUUUAUCCAUCUGCUGUGGAACCUGUACAAUAUGCAGAUCUGUUCCAUCAGAUUACUGUUCAGUUGAAUGUUAUCCCAUUUUAUUUAUUGGUUAUAUUUGUCCUGUCCUAUCUCCUCCCCUCCUCAGUAUCCAAAUGACCCACUAUCACCAUCUGUUAGAGAGACCAGAGUCUGUCCAUUCUCUGCUUCUGAUUUCCUUUCCUAAAUUAUCUACCAGUCUUCCUUUCUGCACUCGUCCCCACAACCAUUUCCCCUCCUCUUUCUGUCCACCAUUUUCCCUCUGUCAACUUUGUCUUUCCUGUGAUAUCACUGUCUGCCUUUUCACCUGGCUUCUGACCCUGUUCUUUUCUGUCUUCAGCUAUAUUCCUCUUUCCUGGUUUUUAAAAUCUUUGCCCUUCAUUACUCCCAUCCACUCCAGCUUCUCCUGGUUACUGUCUCCCAACUGUUUCUCUUCCGCAGAGCAUCAACCUCUGUACAAGUCUCACUUGCCUUCCUGGUCUGUGAUCCUGUUGUUCUCCUUUUCCAUUUUCCUCCCAACCUGUAUUUUUUCCUUGAACACAGCAGGCCAAGCAGCAUCUC